UCCGACAUUGCCGCUUGUGUAACUGUCAUUGGAUGCGAUUUUGAAUGAUUAAGCCUGACUGGGUACAUACACUGUCAAUCAAAUGAAACCGGAAGAAAGAAAGGUUCCAUAUGAAAACAAUGUGUACGGAUAGCGGUGUGUCCUUACCGAGCCGUUCCGCCAUGCCAACUUCCCCGGUAAAGACGCGGAUCCCGCUCACGAGCUUCGGUCAUCUGAUCACCGAGGUGAAGAGACAGUUGUUUGGUAUGGAGGCUCCAGCCACUGUUAACCUGACUGGAUGGAGGAGACAUUUCAACAGCUACACACUACAGGGGAGACGCAACUUUGUCCUGGCUACCUAUGGUGUCCUAGCGUUGUCGGCAGCAGCCUAUAUGAUACGCCAUCGGAGUAAAGAGGACCCAAGAGUAGCCAGCCCCACUGCCUGACUGAAAAGACCCUCUCUCAAUAUCCCAACGCUUUAUUGGCCUGAUAUUCACAUUGAUUUCCAAUAA